CUCCCUUCCCCGCGCGCACAGUGGCCGUGCCAUGAACAUCCUCAAGAAGUCCUUGACGAGGAAAGAAAAUGCUGCGCCGGAAGCCCCGUCCGAUGACAAAACGCAGGGGGACUCCAAACUAUCGAGAGCGUCCGCGGGGGCCGCAGCGACAACACCCCCAAUCACUGUCAACACGGCAGGGGAAGCGUCCCCCGGAACACAAAUUCGCCACGGAUCCGUGCUGAUCGACACACGUAUGUCGGACAGUAUCUUCGACCACAUCCUCGGUCGCGGUCGAGCCAUCGACGUCGCUGAAGCCGAUUCAAAAAAGUUGACCAAGCCUGCAACCCCCACCAUCCGAUUUAGCACGAUGGAUUCGAACGUGGAGUACUGGGACAAGGACGGCGUCCACCGCCGAUCCACCACGAUUUCGAAGCGCAUGAACUUGCGGGGCGUGGCAAUCCCGAAUGCAAUCGAUCCUUUAACCUUGGUCGACACCGGGACCGAUGACCCGACGCCAUCGUCGCCUCGAUCGCAAAAAGACAUGGACCGUAUCGCCAAGCAGCAAAUUAUGUCGAAACAAAACCACAUCGAGGCAGUCGAUGCCGCCCUCCAACGGGCCCUGGCCGAAGCGUACAAAUCCCCGCCCCUGUCCAAGUUGGCCUUGGCCGCUGCCCAACACACUGCCAACGCUCCCUCCAAGCAGCUGCAGUUUGUCGACGAAGACGGCAACGUCCGUCGACUAAAGCGCAGUGCUCACGACACGCCCCGUAGCGAGCCGCCAGAAACCCCCACGACGUUUGUGUGACCGAAAAAGGUCGCAGGACACUGCCACCCACCGAAUGUGUCGGUGGGGCUCUCCUGCACGAGCUGAUGAACACGACCCAUUGAAUUGUUUGCGCGGAUGUGAUGCCCGUCGAUCCGUGCACAUUUUGG